AUGGUCAAGGUACCAGGAUCUAUAAAGGCUGUUCUAAAUGAGGACGGGUCAAACCGUCUAGCUCCCAAUGGCGAUGCGGGGGAAAGUCCCUCUGCGACUUCAAUAACUACAUCGACGACUAAGUCUUCAACUGCAUCAACUAUUACUGCAUCUACCACAUCAUCCUUCGAAGAUAUCAAGAACCUUACAAGUCCUACUGCCGCGAACCAAGCAAGUUUCUCCACCGCCGCAAUAGGGGCUACUGCUGGUUUGGGGGCACUUCUCAUGAUUAGCUUACUGGCCCUUAUAUUGAUAUAUCUAAGGAAGUCCAAGAGAAACAAGCAAGAGAAGUCAAGACCCAAAAUGCAAACAACCUUCGUAGCACCAACAGCUCAAGGGGGGCCGCAGGUACCGUUCGAUAAUGAGUCUAACAUAGGCCCAACGAAUAAUACAUCGACUGGGAAGCAUUGGUCAAUAGCAGGUGAACUGCCAGGUGACAUGAACCAGUACGAGCUAGCGACUACUAAUUAG